CCGAGCUGCUAUCCCGGACGACUCCACAGAGGUUUCGCCCGGGUGUCACUCACACCAAGCGCCCUGUGUUCAGGGAGGAUAUGGCGACAUCUAGCCAUAGGUUUUGAGGCAAUGCAGAGGUAGCAAAUCCCCCGGAAGAGUUCAUGGAAGAAGCCAAGUAAGAAGUGAAGUCAGGAAGACACGAAGAACAGCCAUAGACGAAGAAGUUAGAAGUAGUCGAGAAGUGAGGGUGGACGUUUGUUGUAGGAAGAGUUAAAAUGGAAGCGACGGAAGGGCAAGGAGGUUCGGGACGCUCUCCUCCCUCAGCCCCGCAGGAAGAAAGGAACUAUUGGGAGGAUGAGGAUAGGAUUAGAGAGCUGCUCGCGUUGUGCUAUGACGAUGGGGUAUACCCCACAGAGAUAGACCCAGGGGAAAUGGUCAUCGAAGGAAGAAAAGUGAGGUUUAAACUCAAUACCUCUCUCGAUGACAUCAAGGUGAAAUGGCUCAAAGAGAGAACCGUAACAGUAAUCUUCAAGGACGCGGCGCGGUAUCUCACGAGGAGAGUAAAGGACGACUUGGUUCGAGCUUUCGAAGAUGGCUGGGUGAUAGGAAACGAUCAGAUAACGGAGAACUCGCACAGAGGGAGAAUUAAGAUUGAAGGUCCAGGUGUGGCGUCGUACGUAGCAAAAGCUACAGAGGUAGCUGAAUUCAUGAUAGCAGAAGGACAGGUGGAAAUCACACUGGGGAAUGACACCUACAAGAUCCUCUUCAAACCGUGGAUGACGCGUGCAGAGUUUAAAGAAAUCCGGAGGCAAGAAGAAGACAACACUUUCUGGGUAAUUCCGUUGCAAAUUCCCCUCGACGACAUGCCUUUUAUCUACGCCCAGAUCGAGAAGGCGAUCGGGAAGAUCAUUCUCGCACAUCCUACAGAUGUGGAUCCGUUGCGGCCGGCACUAGUGAAUGCUAAAUUUGAUAUAGAUCCUGAGGCGCGGGGGAACAUGAAGGAUGUGUUAUGGAUUGAGACACCGAAGGGAGACACACUGGAAAUACGCCUGGCAACAGUAGGCACCCUGAAGUGUACGAAGUGAGAGGUGGGUGGUCAAAGACCGUCGCAGCAACAAGGAAGACCGGCAACCCCAGGAGGAGGAGGCGUCAGUCAGAAUUACCAAGGUACUUUGGCUCCUCGACAAGCAGUACCAGCGGCAUCUGGAGCAGCAAGCGUAAUCCGGAACAAUCCGAUCUACUCGCCAUCAGGAGGAAACAGAAAUCAGCCGGUGCAGCCAGGAAUAACAAGACCACACGCGAGUUAUCCAGCUUUCGGCGGGAUGCAAGGCAGUCAGGGCUACCCGAAUUUUCAGGGAAUGAUACCGCAAGGCGGCGUAUGGCAGGGAGGUGCUCCAACGCAGAAUUGGAACGACUUCUACGGAGGAGGGAUGGGAACAUGGCAGGGGGGAGGUGGAGGGAUGUGGCAAGGAAUGUCAAGUGGACAAGGGUUAGGCGGUCUACCGCCCACACAUGGUCAAACGGGACUGCAGACGGUGAACAUCCCAACUGCUCCCAACAUGGGAGGACAGGCGGCGCUCGGAGGAAUCGGAGGAGGCGUAAGUGGUCAUCCAAGAGCGGAAGUACCAGGAGGCGGGCAAGGCGGAAGCGGUUUGCCAGGGAGGACGACAGACGGUACACCUAGAAGGUCGAGAGGUCAAUCGGCAGGGAAACAAAGAAGACUAAGCAUGACCUCGGAGGUCACGCUGGAACCAUCAAGGGUCUCGAGAGAAGGAUCGGAGAAAUCAGUGAGUCACGAGGUGGGGAUGGUGACACCAGGCAACAAGACAACUCGUGACAGAAGACUUGCCUCGACGGCACACGGCCAAGGGGGAGAGAUGGCGCAAUACGUCGUUCCCCUGCUAUGCACGAUGGUCAGGAAUGCCUUCUGGGUGAUCCUUUGGCAGAAAGGACUAGGGCAGUUGUCGUGGUUUGGACAAGCGGUGGCAGACAUGCCCACCCUACGGGAUGUUGAAGAAACGUUGAAAACGUUGUAUUUAGACAGCUUCCCGGCUAGAGUAAUCCCUGAGGUCUCUAUGCCCAGGAUUUUGCAUGGCCCAACAGGAAGUAGGAUUAAGUUCUACGUCCCGGUAGUAGACGCAAGGCUUACGGAAGCAAAAACGCAGGAAUUAGAAGCAAUGGGCAUGAGAUUGGUACCGCUCACACUCUUUGCAGACUGCAAGAGGCGGGACUUGGCAAAGUUCCUGAUCUCUCCGUUGUCGAUUACAGCAGACGCGCUAGCAGACCUGAAGAUGCGUCUCCCAAAGGACAAGAAAUUAGACUCUGAGAAGUCGGAGCAGUGGGCAGAGAGGGCAAAAGUCAAAGGGUUGGCAGUUUAUGACAGGAUGCCCAAGGAGUCCUUCAGAAAACUCAUUCCUUCGAGAACGGCACAGAAUAUGAAAGAGUUGAAGCAUCCGUUUGAGGCGGAGGAGCCAAUUGCACAGACACCAAGAGAGAUGUGCAACUAUGCGGUACUCUACUACCGAGACAUUUUGACGACAAGAAGAAUCGGGGAAGGUGCAGAAGCGGACCUGACAGAGGGCACGGAUCACUGGGUCAACACAAGAGUGAGGCUUACAACGCAGGCUCGUCUUGAUCUCGACCGGCCGAUCACCAAGGAGGAAGCAAAGGCAGCAACGAAGGCUAUGCCAAAGGGCAAGACCCCAGGAAGCGAUGGACUUCCAGUGAAAUUUUACCGAUGCCACUGGAAAUCGAUGGGGGAGGACCUAGUGGAGGUGUACAAUGAAAUUCAGCAAGGAGGAAGACUUCCAGCAAGCGCAAGCAGAGGAAUUAUCUCAAUUUUGUUCAAGAAGGGGGACACGAACGAAAUACGGAACUGGCGGCCAAUCUCCCUGCUAAACGUCUCGUAUAAGAUAUUGGCGAAGGUACUUGCUCGCAGGUUGGGUAAGUACCUUCCCCAAAUGGUGGAAGACGACCAGGAGGCUUUUGUGCAAGGGAGAUCCAUCUACAAAAAUAUCGUGACCGCGGUGGAAGCCUUGGAGAUAGUCAACAGAGAUGACCUGGACAUCGUCGUGCUGCUUUUGGACAUGGAAAAAGCAUAUGACCGGGUAAACUGGUCAUAUGUUUUGACUACUCUGCGAUGGAUGGGCUUUGGAGCAAAUUUCUGCACUUGGGUAGUCGCGUUAUACUCGCUGUCAGCGGCAGCAGUCAUGGUGAACGACCAUGUUUCGCCAUCCUUCAAGCUAACACGCUCGCUGCGGCAGGGGUGCCCACUGGCCCCACUGCUGUUCGUGGUUCAUCUGGAGGUGCCUUUGAACAAUAUUAGAGCACAGUCUCAAAUCUCAAGCUUGGACUUGGACCACAGGGUCUGCAAGAUCUUGAGCAAGGAAUGGAAUCUCACAAGGCCCUCAGAUGUCUGGGCCUGUGUAUGGAUAAACUCCUUUCUGAGGAGGAAGAUAAGAUCAGAGUUUUGGGCAGCGGUCCUGGAAGCUUGGAGAAAGGUGAAGCCAGAUAUGGUUACGGGUCCGAAGACGAAAGAAGAGGUUCUGAGUCAAGUGAUCUUUGAAAAUGAUCUAAUCAGAGACAAGGAGGGAGCAAUGCUGAUGGUGAAUGCAGCUCCCGGAAAUUUUGGGAAGACAUGGGUGGAAAGGGGAGUGGUGAGGAUACGAGAUCUGUGGGAUGAGCUAAUGGGAAGAUGGUGUUCGGUGGACGAACUGGAAGAGAGACUGAGAUCAAGCAGAUACAUAAGGGCAAGGAGAGAGCGGAUCAUAGAAGCCAUUCCCAAAGAGUGGAGAUGGCUUCUCAUCCCUGAGGGAAUAAACCCUCCAGGGACAUGGUUCGUAAUGGAAACCCAAGGCUCACCCCACAGAUACCUGAAAUUGACAGAGAUCAGAGAGAACGGAGGAAGAACCUUUCAGCAAUGGACCCGCAGAGAUGAAGAAGGGAAUUUGGCAAUCAAUGAGGAGUCGGAGGAAACAACAGCGGCCCCGACUGGACCUCUACAGGAAGUAAGAGUAAGAGAAGAGGUCAACGAGGAUGGAGAAUGGAAGGCAGUGCUUUGGAACAGAGGGACGCCACUAGCGAAGCUAAAAGCAGAUCCCGCCCAAUGGGCCUGGAGGGGAAGAGGAAAACAAGGGGAGAACGUAAUACUGUAUGACUACUCUAUAAAGUUGGCCUACGAUCUGCAAACUCUGAACCGGUCCCCACUGUUGGUGGCCACGGAGAGAUGGGGAAGAGUUCUGUAGAAAGAACAGGGAGAUAUCAAGUGGGCCAUUCAGAGAUGUUGCCAGCAGCUCAUAAAUUCACCGAAUCAACGGGCAGCUUCGUU